AUGUCCUAUUUUAAAGAUUUAUUAAGGAUCUUAGCUAUAGUGUUAUUCGCAAUUACAGGAAUACUUGGAGUCGAUGACAAUCUUCUCUUCACUGUGACAAGAGCGCCGAGGUACUUCGGAAUUCUCCAGGAUCACAGGGGGCAGCCUCUGUCCGUAGAAAUAUCGGAAGAGUACAUGGACCAGGACUACAUUGCCACUAACAGGAAGAGACACAAAAUUGAUUGGCACAAAAACCCGUUGGAUAUGGACGACUUCGAUGAUGACGAAACGGAAGAAAUAUUCGACGAUAAGGACAAAGAUGUAAAAUUACCAAACAAAUUUAAUUUACAAGCUGGACCAGUAUAG